AGCCUUCCAGUUCAACAAAAAUCCCCCCAUUGGCAUAUGUCUCAGAGACCUUUCGUGCCUCACUCCUCCUCCAUAGCUUUCAGCUUGCAUUCCCAUUUCCUCGUCUCCAGCGACCUCAGCCCCAACUGGCUUCUCUGAUUUCCAAUUUUUUCCACUUAGAUCCAUUUUUGCUCCCUCUCCCUACCAAUUUUUUUGUAGAGCAAUUUAGGUUUUUUCCACCAAAUUCUUUGUAGCAAUGGGCGUCAAGGGAUUCGUUGAGGGCGGAAUCGCUUCCAUCAUCGCCGGCUGCUCGACCCACCCGCUGGAUCUAAUCAAGGUCCGAAUGCAGCUGCAGGGCGAGAGCUUGGCUGCUCCCAACCCUGUCCUCCGCCCAGCCUUCGCUUUCAACAACGGCGGUGCCAUAUCCGCCAUCCACGUGACUGCCGCUCCACGCCCGUCCGUGGGUCCCGUCGCCGUCGGGAUGAACAUCCUCCGCCAGGAAGGACCGGCGGCGCUGUUCUCCGGCGUCUCCGCCACCGUCCUCCGGCAGACCCUCUACUCCACCACCCGCAUGGGCCUGUACGACGUGUUGAAGACCAAGUGGACCAACCCGGAGACGGGGAACAUGCCGCUGGUCAGGAAAAUCACGGCCGGGCUCAUCGCCGGCGGAAUCGGCGCCGCCGUGGGGAAUCCCGCCGACGUGGCGAUGGUGAGGAUGCAGGCCGACGGGAGGCUCCCCGCCGCUGCGAGGCGGAACUACACGAGCGUGGUGGACGCGAUUGGGUCGAUGGCGAGGAAGGAAGGGGUGGGCAGCCUGUGGCGCGGGUCGUCGCUGACGGUGAACCGGGCUAUGAUCGUGACCGCGUCGCAGCUGGCGUCGUACGACCAGAUAAAGGAGUCGAUUCUGGAAAAGGGCGUGAUGGGGGACGGGCUGGGGACGCACGUGACGGCGAGCUUCGCGGCGGGGUUCGUGGCGUCGGUGGCGUCGAACCCGGUGGAUGUGAUAAAGACGAGGGUUAUGAACAUGAGCGUGGAGGUGGGGAAGGCGGCGCCGUACAGCGGGGCUUUGGACUGCGCGAUUAAGACGGUGAGGGCGGAAGGACCCAUGGCUCUCUACAAGGGAUUCAUCCCUACGAUUUCGAGGCAGGGACCUUUCACUGUGGUGCUGUUCGUGACGCUUGAGCAGGUCAGGAAGCUGCUCAAGGAUUUCUAAACAGAACCAGCCUCUGAUGAUGAUGACGAAGAAGUUAAAGAUAGUUUCAAUUCUAUUCUUAAUUGAUUAAUUAAUGGGUUUGAUUAUGAUUAUGGUUUGUUGUUGUUGCUGCUGAGAUUGUAAGACUAGCAAAAGUCUGGAGGUAUAUGUUGCGAGUUAUUGGUGAUGAAUUGGAAACUGUGGAUUGUGGCUUGUGUGUUGUUCUGAAUUAAUUUGGUACGAUAGAGCUUAAUCUUGUACUUGGUUACUGAAUAUCUUCUUUCACAAAUAAAAUUCAUGUGAAACU